AUGCAUCUCAACUUUUUCCAGGCUAUGGGAGGUUUUAAUGUCAAAAAUAUAAGUACACUCAAUCCUGGAUACAUUUGCCCUCAGUGUUCAUUGGUAAUACACGAUCCUGUGCAACUCAGCGAAUGUGGUCAUCGCCAAUGUCAGUCGUGCACUCCGAUUGAGCAACAAGCAACAAUCACAUGCUCUGUAUGUCAAACACAAACACGAACACAUCAGCUAAUGAUCGAUCGAGGUUUUAAAACUGAGAUGCAAUCACUACCCAUCGAAUGCAUCCUAUGCUCCUGGUCAGGACAGCUACGAGACUAUCAGCAACACUUCACCCUACUUCAUCCACAUCCCAUCUGUCCACACUGCAAUCAAUCAUUCCAAUCGUUACAACACUUCAACCAACAUCAUCUUCAACAAUGUCAACAACGCCACCAACUCUCUAUCGAUUGUCUCCUCAAACCGUUUGGAUGUCAUCAACAAAUCGCUCGCGAUGAAAAACAACAGCACUACCUGUCUGAACAACAUCAGCAGGCUGCGGUCACACUUCUCCGGCAAAUCAUUGCACAACGACAACAACAGAGUGAUGCCUCGAUCUCAUGUCUUCCACAAGAUAUCGAAGACAUGCUCGAUGUUUUGACCGAUACCAUCGAGACGUUGAUGAAAGAUGAACAACGCCUGUCUCGUGAUUCACUUCACAUGCAACUUCGACUGCAGACACUAGUCGAAUAUGCGCCACAACUCAAACUAUCCGUUCAAGAAUCACAAUCGCAUCUCGAUGCCAUCAAACUCAACUUUGCUGUUCUCAAUCAAGACCUGCAAUCGCUCAACGACAAAAUCAGCAAUAGCCAAUUUGUCUCGUAUGAUGGCACACUCAUCUGGAAGAUCACUGGUUUCCAGGAAAAGAUGAAUGAUGCAAGAUCAGAGAGACAAACAUCGAUCUAUUCGCCACCGUUCUAUUCGUCGCUGGAGGGAUACAAGAUGAGACUUCGCUUAUACCUCAACGGUGAUGGGAAUGCUCGACAAACUCAUCUUUCGCUUUUCUUCGUUCUGAUGCGCGGUGCGAACGAUGCAGUACUGAAGUUUCCGUUCACGUACAAGGUGACAUUCUGUUUGUUUGAUCAGAGUGGUCGAGGUCGACACGUCAUCGAUUCGUUUCGACCGGAUGUUCGAUCGAACAGUUUUCAACGGCCUCGAUCUGAAAUGAACAUUGCCAGUGGCAUACCCAAGUUCUUGCCAUUGUCGGCUCUGGAAGGCGAGAACAACGGAUAUGUUGUAGACGACACCGUGUUCAUCAAGGUGUUAGUUGACUUCGGUGAGAUGAGGAAGGAGCUACUGCCUUAUGCGAUGAGUCUGAAUCCUGGUGUGCCAACAUACAUUCAACAAAUCAUGAUUCGGCAAGAAGCAGAGCGGCGGGCUCAGCAGCAAAGUUCAAAUCUUUGA